AUGCGGUCCAUACCACUCCUCCUUACAACGCUCCUCGCUUUCCUCCCGGCGCUGGCCUCCGCCCAGUUCGGCGGCUUCUUCGAGCAGAUGUUUGGCGGCCAGCAGCAGCAACAACACCACCACCAGCAACAGCACGGCGGAGGCGGCCAGAACGGACCCAGCGACUCGUCCUUCUACCGCUCCAACGUCGACCGGAUCACCUGCGACAAGUACCUGUGCCCUGAUACCCUCGCAUGCGUCCAUUUCCCGCACCACUGCCCGUGCCCUUACCCUGCCAACGAGGAAAAGGUCGAGUUGGCCGACGGUCAGAGGAUAUGUGUGUCUCGCGGCGGCUUCAAGGAGGGUGAGGCCGCGCGCAAGGUCGAGCUCGCUAGGAAGGGGUUGUUGUGA